CAACCCAACCUAACUCCCGCCGUUUAUUCAUCUCUCAAUACACUUACCUCUCUUUGUCGAUAUCCGCCUUUCACCUACUCAUGUCGACUGAAUCACCUUCCGGAGGUCCUGGUCUAGGGGACCUUGAGAAAGAACUCACUUGCUCGAUCUGCACAGAACUGCUCUACCAACCUCUCACGCUUCUCGACUGUCUGCAUACUUUCUGUGGCUGCUGCCUGAAAGAAUGGUUCUCUGCCCAAGCUUCCCGUCGCCGGCCACCCUCUUCCGUCCGAUUCACUUGCCCACAAUGUCGCGCUGUUGUGCGCGAAACAAGGCCCAAUGCCACGGUCACUACGCUGCUGGAUAUGGUGCUCACCGCGAACCCCGAUCGUGCCAAGCCUGAGGCGGAGAAGGAGGAAAUUGCGCAGAGAUAUACACAUGGCCAGUCUAUUUUCCCUAGGACUGGUUCCCCGGAGAACAUUAACGCUGAGUCGGAUGAUGAGGAUCGACGACUAAUAGCGGAGGUUCGUGAACUGAGUCUCCGUGAGAGUAGAGCGCAAACGAGGGAGCAUCGAUCGGCGCGACCAUCGAGAACUCGUCGGAGUGAAAGUGCUGAUGGGGACGGGCGGAGAGAAUAUGAUCGCUCUCGACAAGAACCGGAGGAGGAACGCUCCGCACGACGUCACGGCCAACGGGCCGCCUUGUCCGAUGCUUCGGAACGUACGAGACGGAUAGAGCACCAGUCAAGUCUCCGGUCAUUGCUGAGCUUGUCGGAUACCGAUGCCAUGCAGGAAGAGAUCUUGCGUCAAAUCAUGGAAGAGGGGCUGCUGGAUGACAUCGAUAUGGAUAAUCUCGGACCUGCACAGGAAGAGGAGCUUAGUGAGCGCAUUGCCGAUGCUUACAGACGGAGACAUAGACUGCGUUCGCGAUCGCAGCAAAGGAAUGAUACGCAAGAGGCGGCGCAUACAUCGAGUCGCCCUCGGGCACGGUCGCAGUCAGUGCAAAGAUCCCAGCCCGUUUCUGUCUCCAGGCCCUCACCAACGCAUCCCCCGGUGUCAAGGCCGUAUUUGCUUGAACCCCUCGUCCCGCGCCCUGGUGCCUCGGGCCAUCAGCGCCGUUUAUCUGAUCAAGGAAGUAGCCGUCGGAGAACAUCGCCUGUUCCUGUGAACUCCGCUUCCUCGUCGGAGGUCAAUUUGAGGCCCGCAGCGAGAUCGUCUAGCGACAUGAUUGCCGACCGUCCUCGGGGCUCCCAGGCCGCACGGAUCAGAACGGCAGAUACAGCACCGCGGUCACGUCGAGCGACAGCGUCUGAGCAAUCGAUCCCUAAUAUAUGGGUGGCGGGGGCUAACGAUCGGGAGCUACGGCGACAAAGGCCUGCCAGACAGUCGAUAGACUCCCCCACGUCGGCUGCCUCGGUUGUGCGCAGCCCCCGCAAUGCUUCUUUCUCGUUGCGUUCGGAGCAUAACCUUGCAAGCUCGUCUACUACUACAUCUCUCGCGCCUGUAAUUAACAGUCCUGCUAGGCCAGAAGGACGUUCCAGACCCUCUUCUUCCCGAUCUAACGCUUCUCAAUCAAUAGCCUCUUACAUCGAACCAUCUAUCUCGUGCGAACGAUGCGGAAAGUCCAAUAUCCAGUAUGACCUUCACAAAAGAUGUCCGCUAUGCAAGGAUGGCAACUACCAUAUAUGCCUGCGAUGCUACCGACUUGGAAAUGGCUGUCUAGACUGGCCUGGUUUCGCCAUAUCUGCAAAGGCAGAUUUCGACCGAAUUCGCGCGUCUUCGAAUGGUCUUCUUGUCUCGUCACAAGAAUCACAACAUAUCCUGUUGUCUUCAAGGUAUGACCGGCCAUCUGACACAGCUCGUCGAACUACAAGGGACGGGAGAGAGAUAACCAACGACAAUCCAUCCCGACGAUUGCAAACGGGGCUCUUUUGUGACAUAUGCCAGUCCUCAGCAGACACAUGCUUCUGGAAAUGCAACCUGUGCAACGAGGGCGACUGGGGCUUUUGCAACAAAUGUGUCAAUGAAGGAAAGUGCUGCACACAUGCCCUUCUACCGAUAUGCCGAGUUACACCGGAUAGCCCCAUGACUCCCGCGACACCAACUGUUUCAGUCGAUGUUGCGAAUGGUUCGGCUGCUCCUCUCGCAAGAACUGAAACGCUAAAAGUCCUUUCUUUCUCGACUAAUUGCGACAUCUGCGCCAACCCGAUUCCGGAAUCUACUCUUCGAUUCCACUGCCUUCAAUGCAACGAGGGCGAUUACGAUGUUUGUGCCAACUGCUACCUAAAGCUGGUAACAACGACCAAAAUCCGCAAAGAGGACGGGCACAACGGUUGGCGGCGCUGCUUAAAAGGCCAUCGGAUGGUGGUGGUUGGAUUUGAAGACCAUGAAGAGGGCCAAAAACGGGUCAUCGUUCGUGACCUGGUGGGCGGGCGUGCGUUGAAAGACGAACACCUUCAGCCUUCCUCCCCUCCUGCCACUCCAUCUUCGACACGCACCUUUGCGACAGGAUCUGGUUUCAUCCCAUCUCCUAAAGUUGGAACUGGCGACUGGAGCUGGAAAGAAGGGACAGAGAGACGCAAAAAAGCAUCUCGUAUCCGAACCCCUUGGUCUGGCACCCACGCCGACCGUAUCAACUCCUACUCUGAACCUUCAACGCCCACCACUCCCACUCAGAAUUCAUCAUCUUCUCGUCGCUUUCCCCCAGAUGGUGGUGUAGGUCUCGUCGUCCUCGCCCUAUGGGCAUGGUAUCCAGAGGACGGCGUCAAAGACGAGUUGAUGUUCCCGCGUGGCGCCGAGAUUACCGAGGCCGAAAAUAUUAAUGAUGAUUGGUAUUGGGGGUGUUAUGCUGGAUCGACUGGGUUGUUCCCCGGGAAACAUGUCCAUGUUGAGAAGGAAAUUGCUUAGGACCUUUUUGACGACUACGAUUUACGAUUGAUGUAUACAUAGACGAUGACGUCGAGACGAUCUGAUGAAUGGUGAUGUAUGUUCGAGAUACUAUGAAUAGUAUCACUUAUGCCACGUCAUACUACCGCCUUGUCCGGGGAAAUUUAAAGUAGCAAAUGCAUGUAAUUAGUUCAUCCACUGCUAGGCAGAUGCAGAUGCAGAUAGCCAGUCGAUCUUCUAGAAGUUCCCUACGAAUCGGAAUGUGCCUUGUCUCCGCCUCAGGCUCCACUCAGCCUUACUGCGCCACACUCCUGCCUGCCUAUUGGACUAAGUAUGGAUGACGAACGGGUGUGGCAUUGGCAU